GUUAGUUUAGGCCACACCUUCUGCCUAGCUAUAGGCUCAAAAUGGAUUUGAUACAAGCCAAUUUGAAUAUGAUACAUAAUAUAUGCACAUAAGUUGCCUUGAAGUACAUAACGUACCCCAACUCGUGACACGCGAAUGCCUAAAGGAAAUCAAUUUCGAUGCGGUGAAUUUAAAUCCAUCAUUUUUCCUCCAAACACCAAUUUUAUGAACUUGCCCCUUCGUCGUCCUUUUAUUCAUUUUGCGACAAUCACCUCUACGACGAAACUGCUCAACAUGUCACCCAAGCAAGCUACCUUGGGCAAGUUCUUUGGCCAGCCCAAUGGCCCAAAGCCGACACAACAGACAAAGCUUUCCUUCAGCACAAGGUCGGCUAAGAAGGUGAAGGAGGAGGAAGAGGAUCCAGAACCAGAACCAGAACCUUCUAGCAGCGAACAGCAGCCGCCGUCACCCAAAGUAAAAUCCAAUGGUGAUGCCAACGAAAAUGCCGAUUCUUCAAAGGAUACGAAGAAGCGAACCCGAUCCAGCGCAUCAACUAAGGGAAAGCCAAAGACUAAAUCGUCUCCAACAAAAGUUAAAGCCGAGCCUGAGGAAGCUGAUGAGGAGGCCGACGAGGAGGUUGAAGAAGUGCCGGUAACAAAAAGACAGCGAAGAACCCGCCCUCGGGUUGAGGAAGAUGACGAUGAAGACGAGGUCAUGGUUGAUGUAAAACCAGAGAAAUCUAAAAAAGCGACUGGUACUGGUAAAAAGUCACCCAAGAAGCCUACUACCAAAUCCACCCCCAAGAAAAAGGCGGCAUCUGCACCUAAGGAAGAGGAUGACAGUGAUGCCAAGGAAGAAGCAUCGGAAUCGGCAUCUGAUAUUGAGAAAGAAGAGGAUUCUGAUGGCGAGGGAAAAUCUAAGACCGCUGUCAAGGCUCGAGAGAAGAUUCAGACAAUGCUCAAGAGCAAGGCGAAGGACCCAUAUCCUGACUGGAAAGCAGGCGAACCAGUGCCUUAUGCCGCUCUGUGUACGACCUUUUCUCUCAUUGAGCUUACGUCGAAGCGACUUCAGAUCACGGAACACUGCGCCCUAUUCCUUCGACAAGUCCUGCGUCUAACCCCCGACGACUUUUUCCCUACAAUAUUACUGAUGAUCAAUAAACUCGCCCCAGAUUAUGCCGGCAUCGAGCUCGGUAUUGGCGAAUCACUAAUCAUGAAGGCAAUUGGCGAGACCACAGGUCGCAGUUUACAAGUCAUAAAAGCGGACCAGAAGGAUAUUGGGGAUCUAGGUCUUGUCGCAGUCAAGAGUAGAUCAACCCAACCCACUAUGUUCAAGCCUAAGCCCUUAACCAUCAGGGGUGUUCACAAAGGUCUCAUGGACAUUGCUACUGUAACUGGAAACGGCGCGCAAGGCAGGAAAGUCGACGGCAUAAAAAAACUGUUAUCAGCCGCUGACUCGCAAUCGCCCGGUAAAGUCGAUAUUCACAAAGACAAGGGUGGGCCAAGUGAGGCCAAGUACAUAGUCCGCUUUCUUGAAGGAAAACUCAGACUAGGUUUGGCAGAAAAGACAGUCCUUGUCUCUAUAGCACAGGCCAUGAUCUGUCACGAAGCGGAACAGAAAGGAAAGGUACCGAGCACCAAGGAGAUGGAAGAGGCGGAAGCUAUACUGAAGACGGUAUAUAGUGAACUCCCUAGCUGGGAUGUGAUUGUUCCAGCUAUGAUUAACAACGGCAUCAUGAGGUUAAAGGAAACCUGCAAGCUUCGCCCCGGUGUUCCCCUUAAACCCAUGCUUGCGAAGCCUACGAAGGCGAUCACGGAAGUCCUAGAUCGAUUUGAGAACCAAACCUUCACGUGCGAAUACAAGUAUGAUGGCGAGAGAGCGCAGAUCCACUACGUCGCUAAAGACCAGUCGGAAAAUUAUGUUGAUGCUCUACCUGGUGCUGGGAAAGAAGCUGCUAAGGGUGUCGCAUCCAUCUUCUCAAGGAACUCGGAGGACUUGUCCAAAAAAUAUCCCGACAUCCUUGCAAAACUUGAUACCUGGAUUAAGGAGGGCACCAAGAGCUUUGUGCUGGAUUGCGAAACCGUUGCAUGGGAUGUGACCGAGAAGAAGGUUCUACCCUUCCAACAGCUGAUGACUAGAAAGAAGAAGGAUGUCAAGGUGGAAGAUGUGAAAGUCAAGGUCUGUGUGUUUGCGUUCGACCUGCUCUACUUGAACGGAGAGCCGGUAGUCGAGAAGUCUCUCCGUGAGCGCCGUGAACUUCUACUCGGUGCCUUCCAACCAGUGGAAGGCGAGUUUGCAUUUGCGACGCACAUGAACGGCCAGGAACUUGAAGAAAUCCAGGUAUUCCUUGAUGAAAGUGUUAAGGCUUCUUGUGAAGGGUUGAUGGUCAAGAUGCUUGACGGUCCCGAAAGUGGAUAUGAACCUAGCAAACGAAGUCGAAAUUGGCUUAAGAUCAAGAAGGAUUACCUGUCUGGAGUUGGCGACUCGCUCGACCUGGUGGUGCUCGGUGCCUACUAUGGCAAAGGCAAGCGUACAUCUGUCUACGGCGCUUUCCUUCUUGCCUGCUACAACCCAGCUUCUGAGUCUUAUGAGACGGUCUGCAACAUCGGCACUGGGUUCUCGGAACAGGUUCUCGAAGAACUCCACAAGCAACUCUCCGAGAUAGUCAUCGAUCGGCCAAAGCCAUUUUACUCACAUUCGACAGGUGGACAGCACCAACCAGAUGUUUGGUUUGAGCCACGUUAUGUCUGGGAGGUCAGGACGGCAGAUCUUACUCUAAGCCCGAGAUACAAGGCUGGGUUGAAGGAGAACGUGGAUCCAGCGGGUGAGAAGGGAAUUAGCUUGCGUUUCCCGAGAUUCAUCAAAAUCAGGGAUGAUAAGAAGCCCGACGAGGCGACAAGCAGUCGCCAAGUGGCAGAGAUGUACAGAAAACAGGAGAGCGUGACAAAAAGCAAGGGUCCAUCAGUUGAUGAUGAUUUCGAGUAUUAAAAGGGGGUGGUGUACGAUCUGGCUCCAAGUUUAUGAUCUUACUAGGUACCUACAGUAAUUACCAUAUAGUAUAGUAUCUACCAAUGGCGAAUGAUUGUAACGAAGUAUGCUGUUUUGGCAACUACAUGGACACCUUAGUUAGAUGUUGUGACAUGAAAAAG